AUGGACGGGUUGGAUGAGGCGGGUUGCUCUGCGAGGCGAGGAUUCAAGAACCGCCCCCUGCAGACGGUAUGUGACCAUCUGGAUGUGCGAGGCAGCGUGUACUGCAAUGCCACGUGGGACCAUUUGCUUUGCUGGGAUUAUACUCCCACACUGACAGUAGCGUCACAGAAGUGCCCGUAUGACGUGCGUGGCUUGCGUGGCGGAGCAAUAGCGACGCGGCGCUGCGAGUCUGAUGGGAGUUGGUUUCGCCACUCAAUAUACAACGCUUCUGGCGGGUGGACCAACUACUCAGCAUGUUUAGAUAUAGCCCCUAGUCAACCGGAUCAUCGCGAUCACGUGGUUCGGAUCCAGCUGAUGUCCAACAUCGGAUACGCCAUAUCCUUGGUAGCGCUUGUUUUCGCGCUUGUCAUCAUGUUGGUGUCCAAGCGACUGCGCUCUAAGAGCAAUAUCCUGCACAUGAACCUGUUCCUCGCGUUUAUCCUGCGGGCCACGGUGCACUUCCUGAACCUCCUGCUGGUCGACCAGCCGUACUUGGAGCUCGAGUCUGACCUUGACACCAAGGUGACGAGCAGUGCCAACCCACAAGAACCGACCUGGGAUUGCAAACUAGUUACUGCCCUGGCCGUAUACACGCUGUCCGCCUCCAUGACGUGGAUCCUGGUGGAGGGACUUUACCUUCAGAUCUUGAUCUACAAGACGCUCUUCACAUCGCGGCACGGUACCCGGAUGUACGUGUGUCUCGGAUGGCUUCUACCGUUGUUGAUUUUCAUUCCGUGGAUUCUAAUCAAAGUAUACGUGAAAGACAGUCCAAACACACAGAGCCUGUUCGACCGUUGCUGGGUGACACGGAAUGACAGCCCGUAUAUGUGGAUUGUCCGAGGACCUAUAGCCUUCACAGUUCUGAUCAACUUUAUCUUCUUCACGAACACAUUGCGAGUUCUAUGCACGAGCGAAAACAUAGGUCGUCACGUGACCAGCAACAAACACCAGCUGAGAAAGACCGCCAAGUUCGUGCUGGUGUUGAUACCGCUGUUCGGCGUCGUGUACAUUGUAUUCAGUGCCGUGCCGCCCAACAUCAGCUCCGACCUCUCCAUAGUGCACCUGUACGGAGAAAUGUUCUAUAACUCCUUCCAGGGCCUUCUUCUGGCGCUGCUUUUCUGCUUCUUGAACGAGGAGGUGCAUACGGAAGUGCGGCGCUUCUGGUUCCGGCGGCGUUUUUUGGGCUCCCGUACAAGCACAAUGGUUCUGUCGUCCCUCCGUAAGCACUCAGAACGGACCUCGCGCCCGGACACGCAUCAGACGGCGCUGCCUCACGGAUUUGACAGACGGUCUGGUACUCACACUCAGCAUACAUCGCUGUCGCACUGCGACACGCAGGCGCCGGGCAGCAACGGCUCGACGAGAACAAGUGGGCGGACUCAUUUUAAAAAUUCUUUGAGUAAUUGGUCUGACCAGCACGACGAGAGCGCGGAGAGGCUUGUGUCACCAAGGUCCGGGUUGUAGGGCGAGAAAGAGACCUGACGCCGUGACACACUUCUAUGAUCCUUGUUCUUCGAAAACGAGGCUUAAUUCGUUGAAGUCCGUACAGGCUUUACUGGGACGACACUUUACGCCUUAACUGGGUUGGGAUGGGACUUUACGCACAUGUUUUGGGUGGGAUCGGGGUUUUUACAUAGAAGGGAUUGGAAUAUUUAGUUAAAGACAACAGUUGAAUCUUUAAAUAAAUGACACUAAUGACAAGAAUGCAUACGCACUGGACGCAACAUUUAAACAGUUGCAGUAAAAACAUGUAAACGUGUUUGCAAUUAAUUGGUUUAUAGCAGUAUAUUGCAACAAAUAUAUAUUUUUUCAAUGAUUGGACGCUUUAGCAAAUCACUUUUCAGAAGCUUUUUUCCUAACGUAUGUUUCUUAUUAUGCAUAUACAUACUGUUGUUGUUAGUGUAAGAUAUGUAUAAUGUAUAAUCAAAUAGA